AUGGUGGAUGUGGUGGCGGUGAAGGAAUGGUUCCAGAAGGAGAAGAAGCGCCUUGAAGACGAAAUCCGCGAGGAGAUGCAAGAGGCCGUGUCGAACGUGCACAUCCUGAACCAGAACAUGGAGCACCUCAACGAUGUGGGCCAAGAGGUCGUGGCCAUUUCGUCUGGCUGGGUGCAGUUCUUGCGUCAGAUGACUGCGUCAAACGAGAAAGCGCGUUAG